GUCUGCUCCAAAAACGCCGCUAGCCGCUACCGGUCAAAGCAGCACCCGCCAAUCACUAAUCAGACGCUGCGCAAGCAUAGCAAGCCUGCGGCCAGUGCCGCAACACAGCCUGCAGCCUCGCCUCUCACCAGGCAGCAGCCAAGUUACAAAAGCGGUCGUCGCGCGCCGGUCGCGCGCCGGUCGUUGCAGACAAGCAAGCAACCAUGAAGCAGCCAUCAACGAAGGCAGAAUUUGACGCCAUUCUCGCGGAGGCGGCCGCCGCCGGUAAGGCCGUCGUGGUCGACUUCACCGCGACCUGGUGCGGUCCAUGCCAACGCAUCGCUCCGUUGUUCGCGCAGCUGGCGUCGGAAUUUCCGCAAGCAGAUUUUAUUAAAGUAGACGUCGACGAGAAUCAGGAAACGGCGGCGGCCUGCCAGGUGUCGGCCAUGCCUACCUUUAAGAUCUUUCGCGACAAGCGAGAAGUUGGGAUGCUCCGAGGCGCCGACCCGAAUGGCCUGAGAGCUCUCAUCCAGCAGCACGCUGGAGACAAGUGGAGCGUGGCGGGAGACGGUCAGGCGCUCGGCUCCUCGCAGGACACGGGCGGGAUGAGCGAGCGGGAGAAACGUCUCGCGGCCCUGGAGCGCCGCGGGUUGUGAGCCGGCACGCACACCGUUGAUUGUAAAAAUGAAAAUGUGUA